AUGUGUGGACCAUGGCGUAAACUUAGCUGCCGUCAAAAAGUACUUGCAAUUCUUAAAAAUGAAAUAACCUGGGGUACAUUUAUUAUUCUUGCUUGUGCCAUUUCUCUAAUCAUCAUAUGGGUAGUAAGCGAACCAGUUCAAUGGCAGAGCUACAAAGAUCCUAUACACGAACAAGGACUCAUGAGUAUAAUUGGUGGCAUUUUUGCCAUUGUUGCAACAUUAAUGAGUUUAACUCAGAUUAUUCAACAUUUUGCUCAUAAAACUGAUAAAGCUUCUCAAAAACGUAUUAUGAAAAUUUUGGGAAUGGUACCAAUCUAUAGUGCAACCGCUUGGAUGUCUCUGCUCUUUUUUGCAGCAGCUAUCUACAUGGAAUUUGUUCAAUCAUGUUAUGAAGCUUAUGUUGUUUAUUGUUUUCUACUUUUAUUAACAAAAUAUCUUGGUGGCCAUCGAGGUGUAGAAGAAGCAAUUGCAAACAAAGAGUACAUUGAGUUACCAUUUCCAUUUGGAUGUUGUUGCAAGCCAUUAGCAACUACAAAAUGGGUUUGGUAUUUUAAAAUAGGCAUCCUUCAAUAUUCAUGGAUUACGCCAAUCUGUUCAGGUAUAGCUGUUGUUUUAAAUUUAGCAAAUAUUUAUAACAAUGGUCAAUGGAAUUUCAAAAGUGGCUAUCCAUAUAUUACAAUUAUCAUUAACCUUAGUCAAACAUUGGCUCUUUACACUUUAGUAGCUUUCUACAGUAACUUUAAACACGAAUUAAAACCAUUUCACCCACUAGCAAAAUUUAUUGCAAUAAAACUUCUCGUUUUUUUUAUCUUUUGGCAAUCAGUUUUAAUGAGUGGUCUUGCAACUAUUGGGGUACUUCGAAAUACUGAAUGCGACCCGACAACUAACACUUAUUGUAAUGGUUCAACAACCGGAUUUACAGUUGAACAAGAAAAAGUUCUGUUAGAAAGUAUAUUGAUCUGUGUUGAAAUGUUCUUUUUCGCGAUCGCUCACCAUUGGAUUUUUAGUUGGAAACCGUAUGCAAAUGGAAAAUAUGCAGAGCUCAUGAAAUCUCGAUACCCUCAAUUUGAAUAUCAAAAGAAUGGUAUUGACGCAGAUAUUGUUAGGAUACGUUUUUAA